UGGGCUUGUACCUGUUGGGUUUGUCAAGUAGGGGAAAAGAAACCUGAGCAGCUAAGGAUCAGAGUGUUUUGUUGUGAACAUAUCCAACAACUUGCGAUACAUUCUUCUGUCUUUUUUGGCAUCAGAAAACACAUGUUGAAGGAACCUACUUCCAGUAGGCAACACUGACACUCCGAUACCUGGUACUCAAUUAAGAGCUCAUAUGGCUUCUGUUGAUGAUGUUGGGGCAUGGGGGGAGUCACUCGACCAUCUUCUGGAGUGUAAAACAGGCCAGCUGGUGUUUGAGGACUUCUUGAGGACAGAAUACAGUGAGGAGAACCUUUUAUUUUGGCUGGCCUGUGAGGACUACAGGAAAAUUACCAGCAAGACAAAGAUGACGGUGGCUGCCAAAAGGAUCUACACAGAGUUUGUCCAAGUUGAUGCGCCUAGACAGAUAAACAUCGACUGUGUGACGAGAGAAGAGAUCAGUGAAAACAUCUCUCAGCCGGAGCCAAAUUGCUUCGACAGGGCGCAGAGACUGAUAUACGGUCUGAUGGAAAACGACUGUUAUCCACGAUUUCUGAAGUCAGAAAUAUACCAAGCUCUCCUGGAACAGGCUGAACAGCCAUGAAAGCAACGUGAGGAAAAAAAUUGAAUGAGUGAUUCUGCACUUCGGCCGACUCUCCAUAGAAUCUAGGUUUUAACAAAAAAGGCUUGUCUGUCAGGGGAAGCAGAAGUGAAAGGAGAUACAGAGCUGUCGGUAUGAGGACUGACAGGAUCUAGAAGCCAAACAUAAUAUAAAUAAUGUAUUAAGCAGCUUUUGAAGUCAAUUUUGGUUUGGGUUGUUUUGUAUAGCACGGAAAAUGCCUGUAAGUCAGAAAACAAGGCUCACAUUAAGUUCUGAAAGGUUGACAUUUGUUUGGAAAAGCAGGCCUCAAGAGUCAAAUGUUCAUCAUUUGCGUGCACAAAUUAGUCAUUUGUACCAUUAAAUUAAUUGUAAUCAAGAAAUGCUUAUUUAGUUCCUGAAGAGUUCAAUUUCAAAAGCUCUAUGUCCUGUCAAUAAAAACCAUCAACUGCCCAAUGAACCUCAACUCCAAUGACAUCAUCAGUUAAAACUAUUUAAGUUAUAUUUGAUCUCACUAUGUGUAACAUUAAUAAAUGACAUUCUGUGUAUUGGUAUGGAAUCCAAAAACCUGUUAUUAUCCUGAUGCACUUCUGAAUAAUCAAUUACCAGCACAGUUUUUUGUUUGUGAUCAACAACCCUUGUAAUUUUGUUUUUGUUGGAUACACAUCUCAUGAAAGUAGUGCUGCAUACUCCCUGCUCUUUAGUAAGUUAUUAGUGAGAAUAAAUAUCGUGUUUUGAAUUAAAA